AUGGCGGACGAGCAGAUGCCCUCGACAGCGAGCGCCUCUGUCACCAACAUAGCUCCAACACACACAAGCAAUGCCGGCAGAAAACGGCGCUCAUGCUUGAUGUGUAGCAAGCGAAAGGUCAAGUGCGACAAGCAGAAGCCAUGCACCAGUUGCGUCAAGGCUGGAAACGAGUGCGUGUUCCCCGUCGGCAUCGCGAACCGGGCUCAGGCCGGGAUGGCACCGGAGCUUUUUGAGAUGCUGCAGAGACUUGAGAAGGCUGUACAGACACUGGAGCCCAAGGAGUCCGAGACGGCUGAGGCUUCUUUGCCUUCGAAUCAGUUCUCUGAUGGGGACGGCCAAACGGAACCUCUGCAGCCUGUGGUUCCCACUGCUGCCCAGGAAGGAGCAGCGACUGAGAUUCAGCCUGAGCCUUACAUCCAAGAGAGCUCAGCUGGAGCUGAGAAUCAGGGCGAGGCACAGGAAGCAACUGGUAAAACCCCUAGUGCAGUGUCGAGCCACAGCGAGAGCCCGGGCAAGAUUGUCCGCGACCACGGCAAAGACAUAUACGUGAGGCGGUGGUUCUGGGACGACGGAAGCACCGAGAUCAGUAGUGGCUCCCAGUCAGAUACAGACGACAACGACGCCCAUCAAGACCAGAGCGACAUGCAGAGAACGUCGACAGGUCGCUGUCCGGGGACACUGGCCAACUCCAAAGAACGAGUUAUGCAGAUUUUGGUUGUCCAGAAAAUGCAUCUUUGGGGCAUAUACAAAGAAAGGGUGGAGCCGUUGACCAAGUUGUUGCAUCUUCCGUCGCUGGAGCAGGCUGUUCUGGGAUGGCAUUCACCGAGCUCGGCCGACGGUAUGCAGUGCAACCUUUUGGCGGCCUACUACGGAGCGGUGACCAGUCUGAGCGAGGAAGAAUGCGUCGUGAUCUUUGGCAACGGGCAGGCACAGGUCUUAUCCCGCUUGAGGGAGGAACUUGAGGGACUAUUUGCCAGCGCCUUGCUCAUCCACACUGGCGACAUCCGCCCGCUGCAGGCCCUGGCUCUGUACCUCGUGUUUCUCCAGCAUCACGAACCCCGAUUGUCUUGGAAGCUGUCAGGCCUGGCUGUUCGGCUGGCCCAGACCUUUGGCCUGCACAGAGAGGAUAGUUUCGUUGGGCUGUCGAUAUAUGAGGUGGAGAUGCGACGCAGGCUUUGGUGGCAGAUUGCCAUUUUGGAUGCACCGUCUGCGGAGGCUUACUCUGGAGAAUACAACUUGCUUGAGAUGAGCAGCUCUGACACCAACCCACCCCGGAACCUAGACGACGCACAGAUAUAUCCCGCCAUGGCAGAGUACCCGCCUGAAGCAAGACGCAUCACAGAGAUGACCUUCACGCUAGCCCGCUGCCAGAUCACCAGCAUGUAUCGCUGCAUGGCUGAUUCGAGAAGACUGUGCGGAGCUACAGGGAAAGCGUAUGCGGAACUUACACCGCAGGAGCGGGCUGAUUGGAUCGAGGCUUGCGAGUCGAAUUUCUCAGAGCGCUUUCUUCGAGAAUGUUCUCCGACAAACGCAUUUCACUGGACUACUGUCAUCCUUACCAGGAUGCUCUUCCACAAAGUCAGACUGCACGGAUGCAACCCGCUACACGACGUGAGAACCAUGCCAGAAGCCACCCGCGAGAGGCUCUUCCUCGUCGCAGUCGAGGUCAUGGAACUCAACUACAAGCUGCGGACCGAUCCGCGUACGCGCCCGUGGCUCUGGCUUUUCAGCUCCUACACGCAAUGGCAUGCAUUCUCGCUCGUCCUCGUAUGGCUGCAGAUGGAUCCGUUCUGCAGACACUCGCGUCGAGCAUGGGAAGCGGUUGAAAAGGCCAUCGUGCUGCGGUGGGAGCAUCCCGCUUCGCUGCUGAAUGGCAGGAAACCUCAGCAGUGGCGGUCCAUCAUUAGGUUGCUGGAAAAGGCACGCUCGGCACGGCGGGAGGCUUUGAGCAAGCGGGCUAGACGAGGCUCGCGGAAUGCGAAUGACUUGAGGCGGGCAUCCUUCAGAGGCUCCGUGGCGUCAUCCUCAUCGGCUGUGCCAGUGAUACAUACUUCAUCGGCUACCGCAAGUUAUCCCAGACAGGAAACACAACCACAGCAGCCACAUGGUCGGCAUCAGCAGCCCCCUAUCAGAUCAGUUGAACCAAAUGCGGCUAUGCCUCCACCGGCUACCACGGAUGUCUCGCCACUGGCUCUGCAACUCACUGAUAUGAUACAGAGUCCAUGGCGUCAGGCAUAUACUCUCACGAUGCCGGAUUUCUCCAUGGGUGGUAUACCAGAUCCACUCCCAGACCCGGAUCAGAUGAUGAUAGAUGGCCAGUUCUCUGUUGAUGACUUCGGAGGCGUGCAGGACUUUUCGUUCCUCGACGAUGUUUUCUGA